AAUAAUUUACAGUGAAUAAUUGAUGUAAACUCAUGAGCAAGAACAGCUGACGUGGUGACGUCAUCCAGUUCGCUGCUGUUCCAGCUGCAGAAAGACCGUCCUGGUCCUCCGGAGUCCGGAGUCCAGACCCCAAGAACACCAGUCUGUACUCGGCGUACUUCGGAGUGAGAAACGGCCCCGCUUCGAAGACACGAAAGGACACAUCACCACUAACAUGCCGUCGCCUCAUAACUACGGAGUGAAAAUGGAGUCUGGUUCUCUAAACACCGCGGUUGUCGUUUCCUAACUCCUCAUGAAUUCUCCUUCCCACCUUUCCUUGACCCCGUGACGUCUUCCAGAGGUCAAGGACACGUGGUUAGGGUUAGACCAGGAGCUACUUCUCUGGACUAUUCACUGCAGACUUGUACUUUCGGGUCACUUGCUUUUAUUUUGAGACUCGUACCUGCCUGCUUUAGCCCAGCGCACGGCUAAUUUACCGGCGUUAGCGUCCUUUUACUGGCUCUAGUAAAGGCAAAGCUAACUCAAAAAAUCCAAACGAUAUUUAGCUCGAAAGGUAAGAAGUUAAAGCUUAGUUUAACACCAUUAAAUCAGCUGAAAACCUGAUACGAUCAAUAUUUUAAGUGACAUUCUAUUCGAAUGUUAGCUCAAAUCUGGCCGAGACGGGACACGAUUCCGUUACGUCUCUCUUCAAAAGAUAAAGAAUUUAUUUCGGUUUGGUUCUCGUGUCUUUUAGUUUUUUUUAACUAAACUGUAAAAUACAUCUGUGACCCGCGCGACACCCGGAAGAAGAGGCGCGAGUCUUAUUCUGAAACCGGAUGCGAUCAAAUUCAUUCGGCAUGUGUUCUUUUAUUUUGAAACUUGUCCCCGUUGUUUCCGUUUGACGCUGUCGGUCAGCUGUCUACUCGGUAACUACCGUAACUACCGUAACUACCCAUAACACACCGGGAGAAUGGAGACGUUCAGUAAGCUGAGCAGCUUGUUGCUGCGCGCGCUGGAGACGAAGGAGCCUACAGUUGAACUGCUGGAGUCCUUUGUUGAUCAUUGGAAAUCAAUAACUAACUAUUACAUCCAGACAACAGAUGACAGUCGUCCUGUCAGACAGACAGAGAUCCCCUGGUGUCUCAGACAGAUGUUGGACAUCCUGGUGUACGAAGAGAAACAACAGGUGGAGGACACAGGACCAUGUUUGGAGUAUCUGCUGCAACACAAACUGUUGGAGACCCUGUGCACUCUGGGAAAGGCUCAGUACCCCCUAGGCAUGGUCCAGCAGGUCUUGUUGUUCUUCUCCAAGUUGUUGUCUCAGAUCCAGAAACCUCUGCUGCAGCUGGUCGGCGUCUACAGGCCUGUGCAGAAGCUGAUUGGUCUAUGUGCACUUCCUGGUUCCCACACUGAGAAGGAGGAAGCUCAGUUCUUAUUGGUGGUUUGCUCCAGAGUCAAACAGGAUCCGCACACACUCAGAUACCUCUUACAGGUAACGGCGGCACCACCAACUCAACCGGCAGCCAGGACACCAGCUUCUGACCAAUCACAGCCCUGCACACAAGCCUCCAAUCACAGCAAAGAGCCGCCACUGCCAGCCAGCCAAUCGGAUUCAUCUACCGGCCGCCCUGUCCAAUCAGAAUCCGGUCUGCUGUCGGCUCUGCUGCAGCUCGCCCAGAGUCAGAGGGGUUCGGUGUGUCUGAAGGCCUUUGAGAGCCUCCUCAUGCUGUCUGCUCUCCAGUCCGAAUCUUCAGGGGAGAUUCUGGCCGAUCAUACCCAGCUGGGAGAGCUGCUUACUGGGAGGCUGCUACAGCUUUACUCUCUGCUGCCUCUGGAGAGUCUGGAUCCUGGAGAGGUGCAGAGCUGGCCUCAUACACCAUGGAGCUCUCAGUUCUCUCACUGCAGAUCUGAUCUCAGGUCAAAGUAUUCUGCUUCUAAUCAGAUGACCAACUUCUUCUCUUGGUUGGACUUCCUGGAUCACCUGAUGAGAGAAGCCCCUCAGGUGUUGGCAGUGAAGCUAGCUCAGUGUGUUCAUCGGUUUUGGUUGUUUGACAUUCUUCAGCCUCAGCUGCUACACACGUGUGAGCAGAUGGUCCUGGUCUCCACCUCCAUCCUCUGUGUUGCUGUCAGAUUCGUACAGUCCUCGUCUCUGCUGGAUCAGCUGGUUCACUUCCUGCUGAGGACACACACACUGACUUACCUGCUUGUGCAGCGAUGUGACCACAUCUCUGACCAGAUCAGUUUGGCCUCUCUGUCUCUGGUGGAGGAGUUACUACAGAAGCCUCACAGGGACAUUCUGGAUGUCCUGGUGUUGACUUUCCUGCAGAGUCGUAGUUACCUGUCUGCACCUGCUGCAGGUCAGGAGGACAGGCCCCUCGAGAGCAACCAGACCAAUGAGGACAGCGAUGAUCUGGAGGAGGACCCGUUCUUCUCAGACAGCUUGCUGUUCUCAGACAGUCAGCUGCUUCUUCAUCCUCCUCCUCCUCCUUUCUCCUCCUCUUCCUCCUCUGCUCCACCUCCCUCUGGUCUGGGAUCAGCUGCUGAUGUUGUCAACAGUUUCCUGUGUUUAGUUCCGGUUCAGGUUCGAUCAGCUCAGCUGCUGCAGGAAGGAGGAUACGAGUCGUACGUCCACGACGCUCACACACAGGUGACGCAGUGUGAGUCUCUCUCUCUGUCCUGGGAUUGGCCGAUCAGUCUUCCUUCCUCCUCAGGUGAGGGAGAGGAGUUCUUUGAAGGUCACCUGCUGAAAGUUAUGUUUGACCGACUGGGGCGUGUCCUCGAGCAGCCGUACGAGUUAAACCUGAAGUUGACUGCAGUUCUGUCCAGACUGUCGGCCUUCAACCACCCGCUGCUGCAGGAAUACCUGCUCAAUCCAUACAUCCACCUAUCUCACUGCUCCAGGUCGCUGUUCUCUGUCCUCAUCAGGUUGAUGGGAGAGUUGAUGCAGAGAAUCCAGCAGGUGUCCAACCUGACAGACAGACUGUUGAACACCAGGAGAGACCUUCUGGGACUGAACCACAACACUGGACUGGAGCACUUGACUCUGCUGAGAGGAGUUGUCGUCCUCGAGGAGUUCUGUAAGGAGCUUGCCGCCAUUGCCUUUGUCAAACUGCCCCUGGACCAGGUAGUGACACCCCUGGACCAGCAGUGAGACCCCUGGACCAGCAGUGAGACCCCUGGACCAGCAGUGAGACCCCUGGACCAGCAGUGAGACCCCUGGACCAGGUAGUGACACCCCUGGACCAGCAGUGAGACCCCUGGACCAGCAGUAACAGAAACACUUGUUACAUGUGGUCUUCUACCUGAGGACGACAGGUAUGUCUGGACUGGAACAGGGACUCUGCUGGUCCACCUGGACGAAAGGUGAAGCCUCUUUGACCUGAAGCGUUCCUCAGGCGACCCUGAACGCCUCAUUGUCUCUGCCUUCAUCACCUGUCUCACUUCACCCUGAUUUUACACUGUGACAUCACUGUGACCGCAAACAGCAGUUUUAGUUAUUUAUUAUAGUUUUAAUAUUCUUCCAUCAUGAACCACAAGAAAGCAGAGUUUCUAUCUGAUAGAUUUACAGUCGAUCCAUUCCAUCAGCCAGGGGUCAUUUCUGAUUGGAUAACAACGGGGAGGCGCGGCCACACAGUGUUCAUAGUGGCUGAGCUCCCAGUGCUCCCAGUUUAUAAACCAGUUUGAACAGGAGGAACCUUGUGAUCAUGUGGUACUGCAACAGGUCUGAUACUGACACUCAAAGGAAAGAAGGUAAUGCCAUACCAUAAUUCCCCUCAGUGUUUGUGGCCUGAGAUGACCUUUGACCUUAACACUCUGAUGCCCCCUCAGGAUUAAAUGAUGUCACAAAUAUAAGUUUUACUGCGUUUUCUUUUAACUUUGAUAUUGAAUUCCGGUUUCAUCCAAAAGAACCAUCGGAUGUUAUUCAAUAAAAAGUGAAUCUGACUUUUAAA